AUGUCUUCCAAUCACCGAUCAUUAAAAUCUCCUUCGCCAUUUUUGUUCAAAAAGCCUGGCAGAUCAAAUUCAGUUGAUCAAAAUAAUGGAAUAGAUAAAGAGCAGUUUGAGAAAUCCUUUGAUGACACGCCUUCUAUAAAUAUAUACUCUCCUAAAGAUGUUGUUGAUCGCCUUUCAAAAAUCAAAGAAUGCAUCAACAACCCUGAUUUGGACUGGGAGAAGAGAACAUUUUCUUUGAAAGAGUUGAGGUUCCUGACAAACAAUGGCCACCUCAUCAGUAUGUCAGACCUAACACAACAACUGAGGUUCCUUGAUAUUGGACUUCAAACAUCUCUCAAGGAUUUGAGGUCACAAGUUGUCAGAGAGGCUUGCAUUACAAUCGCAUGCAUGAGCAAGGAACUUGAGGUGAAGUUUGAAUCAUCCAGUGAACUUCUCCUACCAAUCCUCAUAGGUCUCAUGCAGAAUACUGCAAAAGUCAUGGCCAAUUCUGCUGUUGUCUGCAUAAAAUUUCUGCUCAAAUACAUUCACUCUCCUCGUCUGAUAGCAACCAUAGCAACAAAUCUAACAUCCAAAUCCAACAUAAUCAGAAAGUUUUGUUGUGAGUUUAUAUGGAUCGUGCUCUCUGAUUGGUCGAAAGUUGAGUUGGAACGCCAGGUGACCAUCUUCCAGGAGUUUGUGAAGAAAGGAUUGGUUGAUGCUGAUGCUGAUGCCAGGAUGCACGCCAGGAAGGCAUUCGCUUCCUUCUCCAUGCACUUUCCAGAACUCGGCUUCACCAUCCUUUCAUCAUUUGAUGCCUCAAAACAAAAACAACUUCUAGCAGAACUUGAUGAUCCUGGCAUGUUCAAUGGAAUGACCAUGCAGAACCGAGCAAAAAAACCAUCAACGCCAAGCUCAACACUGAUACGAACUAUUCCAAGAACACUUCCCAAGUCCAAGAUAUCUCAAUCACAACCGUCUAGUCGUUCUGGUUCUCCAAACCGAACACCACUUGCUUCAAAAAUGGCACCGCCUGACAUCACCAACAACAGCAAUUGCAAAAUAGUUGGAAGCAGCAGCAUAAGCAGUAAUGCUAAUUACCUGAAAACCCUACCAUCUUCAAUUAAGAAGGGGGUUACAACACCAGUCAGGAAAUUUACUUGUCAGAGUCAGGGGAACAGUAGAGAUACAAGUCCUGAGAGAAGAGAACUGAAGUACAAUGGACUGACGACAAUAAGAAGGGGCAGCGAAUCGACAACACCAUCGCAAUCCCACAGAAAACAACAGCAUCAGCUGACUCAUCAGAGGAUCGAAGACUAUGGCAGAGAUCUCGAAGCUGCCGUAACGGGCGCGUGGAGACAUAGGGAGUUGAGGAGGAGUCAGGACGAUGAGUCGUCGAGCAUCUGUUCAGAAAGUUCAUUCAGAUCAUACUCCGAUCUCUCUGAGGACGUAGUCGACAUUAUCAACAGCCUGACGAUUGCAUCCUGGUCAGACAGGAAGGAUGGUCUUAUAAGGUUGCAGAGGUUUCUCAGGUCUGAAAGGAGAUUGAGCUUGCCAGAAUUAAAACGCCUGACAGAAGUCCUAACUCGAAUGUUUCACGAUCCCCAUCCAAAAGUCUUGACCCAGUUUCUCGAAACCUUAGUUGACCUUCUGUAUGGCUACAGCUGUGACCUUAUUAACUGGCUGCCAAUCAUAUUGAAUCGUCUCAUUUCAAAAUCUGGGUCAGAUGUAUUGGGUAGUUUACAGGCGAAGAUCGCUGAGGCUCUCAACACUGUCAAAGAGACUUUUCCAGAGGACAAUCAGUUAUCAGCCAUCAUGAGAUUCAUUGUGGAGCAGCAACAGACUAUCAACAUCAGAAUAAAAUCUUCAAUACUGAAGUACUUGCUAUCGUUGCUGUUAAAGAUGGAGCCGAACGUUCUAGCGAACAACAGUGAUGCCAGGCUUGCAGUCUCAAAAAUCGUCACCUGGACCUCAGAGCCUAAGAGUGCUGAAGUCAGGAAGGCCUCACAGGCAGUCCUGUUGGAGAUGCACGAGCGGAACAGCGUGGAGUUCAGCAAGAUCGUAUCCGCACUGCCCAAGUCUUUCCAAGAUAGUGUCAGAAAAGUUUUUUUAGAUGUCAAAGAGUCCACUGUAAAUAACCUGGCCAAUGGCAAUAAUAAUAAUAAUUUAUGGGACUCGUCCAAUCAGUUUGCAGAUAGAAAAAGAAGUUUAUCACGGUCAAGUAACCCGAGUCCUAAUAGGGAAGCAAUGCGAGAGAGACAAAACUACAAUUACAACCACCACCAUGAAGCUGGUUCGAGGGCAGAUGGAUGGAAUGAUGUCUUUGAUGGAAUUAGAAAAACGACAGAAGAUAUUCAACAGUUGAGUUUGCGGGGUGCCUGCGAUGAGGACGACGGUGAUGAGGGCAUUGGAGGGAGAGGAGGAGGAGGUAUGUUCACAAGCAAGAACAACAACUUCAACACCGACACAGACUACGACUACUUCAACAAAGAUCUUUCAAAAUGGGAGAACGAGGACUUGGGUGCUCUGAUCGAUGAGAUUCGAUCGUGCGACAACAUCGACGAAUGGUGCAGAGGAAUGAGCCAACUUGCUAACGUGGCGAAGUUCUGUGAGAACCAAUAUUUGUGGGAGGUGCAUUUCAGGAUGGUGUUGUUGUUGCUGUUGGAGUCCAUGCAAGAUCAGGAGAACAGCAAGCGUCGUUGUUGCUCCCUGCGAGUCAUGAAGGAGCUCCUGGAGAAACAACAUCUCAGAUUUCAAACCUAUGCAGAACUCACGGUGAUGAACCUGCUGGAAUUUGAGAAAGACACGGAUAGGGAUGUUCAAAAAUCAGCAGACGACUGCACAUCAGUCCUUUCCAGGGUCAUCCCAACGGAUCAACUCGUUUCAAUUCUCAACCCCAUCACCAUUACUGCUGACUAUCCGAUGAAUCUGGCUGCCAUCAAGUUGGAAACGAAGGUGGUGCAGAAUGCAGAUGCAGGAAGAGUUAAGGAAAUCAUGGAGAUAAUAACGCCAGGCCUCGUCAAGGGUUUCGAGAAUAAUGAAAGCAGUGUGAGGAAGGCCAGUAUGACUUGCCUACUUGCUAUCUACAAACACGUUCAUAACGAUCUCAUGCCACUACUCACUCAACUAAAUCCUAACAAGAUGAAGCUACUGAAUCUCUACAUUAAGAGGGAAUCCGAUGAUAUCCCAGCUAACUGAGAGAUCGAUUGAUUUGUUGAUUGAUUUGUUGAUUGAUUUGUUGCUUGUUCGAAAAAUUUUUAAUACAACUACUGUCACCACCACCACCACUGAUACUGCUAGCAUUACUACCAUUCUCAUGUACAGCUGCUACAAUGUGUUAAGUACUCAAUCUACUGCUUUUUCAAAUUCUACUGCUAGUAUUAUAAUUUUACACU